UUUCGUCAAGUUUCAUAAAACUUCAGUUGGAUUUUGUUUUGAAAGUGGAAAAGGGAGUGUUUUGGCCAGGAAAAAAUGUCUCGGAAUGGAGGAGGAAGCUGUGAAUCUAACAGUGAUCAAUGAGGAAAUUCGCUCCCGGAAACAUACAAUGCGACUGUGUCUUGGGACUGACUCUGACGACAAAAAUGGGGCAAAUAUCGUGGUUGACCAGACACCUACUCCCACCAGGCUGAUUCGUAAUUGUGAGGAAGUGGGACUGUUUGAGGACCUUAAGCAUGUGAAUCCAUUUGAGGAAACCUUCAGGAGAGCCGUUGAGGAUGCAAAGACUCCGGAUGGGGCGAGUUUGAUGCUUCCGGAAGGGGGAACUUUUACGUCCCAGGCGAAGAUUGUAUCUGAGGAUACCUUGCACACCCCUCAUAUCUUUCCGUCGACGUAUUUCGUGGCUGAGAGUCAGGAGAGGCCUAAGAGUCCGGGAAAGGAGAAGGAGGAGACUAAGAGUGUCCGGGAAAAGAGGAAAUGGAUGCCAACGAAUUGGAAACCUCCGGUGAAGAUUGAAAAACCUGUGAAUAUCCUUCCUAAGACUCCAACGCCCCAAAUUUUGCAGCCAGCCAUUGUUUUUCCGCCCACGGUGAUUGUGAAGUGCGUGAGUCCGAGUUUGGUCACAAAACUGCCCCCGGAGACUUCAGUGGCUCAAACCACGUCAAGUAUUGUGAAGAAUAGACUGAGGAUCCUCUGUUCCGAGCAGAAGAUCCAGCCCAAGGCUGUACCCGUGUUAGUGAAAAAGGAAUCGACGACUGAGAAGGAUGCUCAGAAGAAUCCCAAUAGCCAGGGAGAUAGGAACAAAGGGAACAAGGCAGCGGUCAAGAGAUACAGAGCAAAAUUGAGGACUUACCAAGACUUCCUGAAGAACAGCAAUCAGCAGCUUCAGGAUGAGAAUAAACAGCUGAAAGAGCAGAAUGAGAAGCUGAAGUGUCUGCUGAGGAAGCACAAUAUUAGUAUACCGGAAGAACUGGAAGUUCUGGAGAGUAGCAAAUAAAUUAUUCCUGAAAAGAACUUACCGCAUUCUGAUUCAUUUUUAUGUUCUAGAAACAGGUUAGACAUCAGUUUCUUUUGAAAUAAAUAAGAAAACUCGACAAAAGACUUAUAA